CAGGGUGAGUUAUAAAAAAUCUUUGGCUAAACUAAAGGCUAAAGCUAGCAAGUAACACACGAGUAAAGUGGGUUUCGCCGUCCUAAUGAGGAAUAAUAAGAUACAUACCUAUCAAUAACAUAGUGGGGAACGGCAUAGUUAUCUAUGUGAGUUGUGAUUAUGUAGAUAGCGAUGAAUGAAACAGGAUUUGAAUCACGACUGUCGCUGGACAUAUGAUGGCGACGGAGCUGAGACGCUUUUGGAAGCUGUUUGGGUCACUGAGACGUAUUUUCACUUUCUCACUUCUAUUUUUGUUUGUGCAUUGUCAUACGUGUAAACAUCAAGUCCCAUCUCUGUCGGAGGUUGUCCAUAAAGUAUAUCUGAAGUCGGAAAGAUUAACCAAAAGAAGCUCUGAUCAACAAUUAAAGAUAAAAAUAAUUUAUGAUUCAAGUGUGGAAAAGUUAACCUCAGAUAAAAGAAGACUUGUGAAGGAUAAACUUUUUCCACAAGCAAUUGAUUAUUUACAGAAGGUUUUUCAGGUUCGCCGGAAAUCAGGGCCUAUACUACUCAGCAGACAAUGUGUGACCAAUCAGUAUCUGAGGAAGAAAGAUGACCCUCACCGCUACUGCCAGGGAUCAUGUGCAGACAUCACAAAGUGUGGACCCGUCAUUGUUCCUGAGCAUCAUCUGCAGCAAUGCAAGGUGUGCAGCGAGACAGGGAGGUCGUGUGGCUCGGCAGGGCCUCCGGACGGGAAGGGGGUGGAGGGGGCUGACUUUGUCCUCUACGUCAGCGGGGUGACUACAGAACGCUGUGGACAGGAGAACAUUGUGGCCUAUGCUGCAUACUGUCAGCUGGAGUCUGAGCUGGACAGGCCCAUUGCUGGAUAUGCCAACCUGUGCCCCAAUAUGAUAUCCACCCAACCUCAGGAGUUUGAGAGCAUGCUGUCAACCGUCAAACACGAAAUCAUACAUGCCUUGGGUUUUUCAGCAGGGCUGUUUGCAUUUUAUCAUGAUUAUAAUGGCAAGCCAUUGACACCUCGGUUUGCAAGUGGACUACCAGCAUUCAACGAGAGUUUAGGUCUGUAUCAAUGGAGUGAUGCAGUGAUUCGUAGAGUGAAUCGAUUAUGGGACAUCCGUGGUGGAGUGAUGGUCCGUCAUGAAGUGCAUCUUCUAGUGACGCCUCGUGUUGUGGAGGAAGCGAGGAGACACUUUGGCUGUCCCAUUCUGGAGGGUAUGGAGCUGGAGAACCAGGGAGGGAUGGGUACUGAGCUGAACCACUGGGAGAAGAGGCUACUAGAGAACGAAGCAAUGACUGGAUCGCACACACAAAACAGAGUGUUUUCUAGGAUCACCUUGGCCAUCAUGGAAGACACAGGUUGGUACAGAGCCAACUACAGCAUGGCAGAGAGGCUGGACUGGGGCAAGGGCCUGGGCUGUGACUUUGUGAUGAAAAGCUGUAAGUUCUGGAUUGAAAGGCAACGUCAGAGUCGUAAAGUGGUGACCCCUUACUGUGACACAGUGCGGGCCACACCCCUCCAGCUAACCUGCAGGCAGGACCAGCUGGCUGUGGCUGUCUGCAACCUGCAGAAGUACCCUCAGGACCUACCCCUGGACUACCAGUACUUUGACCAUAUCCCUGAUGUCUCUGUGAGGGACAUUGCCUCCUACGGUGGAGCUGUGGAGAUCGCUGACUACUGUCCCUUCAGCCAGGAGUUCAGCUGGCACCUGAGUGGAGAGUACCAACGCAACUCCUACUGCAGGGUCCAGGAGAACCAACCCGAUUGGUGGAGGAACUAUGGAGCUGAGCAGUAUGGUCCAGACUCUGUGUGUUUGUACCAGAAGACAGCCUUCAUCAUGGAGCAGUGUACCAGGCGCAUGACCUACCCUGACUGGGGAAGUGGCUGUUAUAAGAUGUCUUGCUCUACCCAGGGUCUGACAGUAUGGGUGCAGGAUACUGAGUUUCAGUGUGUGCAUACCGGUCAGCUGCUGAGAGUUAGUGUGCGUGUUAAUGACUGGGUCUACAACGGGGUUCUCGUCUGUCCUGCCUGCUCAGACUUCUGUAGCGCCUGCCCUCCACCACAACAGCUGCCUCCCCUCAAUAGUACCAGGAGAGUUCCUAUUGACCCAUGCUCCAGUUCCUCCAGCUUAGUGGUAACUCUGUGGCUUCUAUUGUUAAACCUCAUCCCUCUGCUAGCUGGAUUUAUCCUGUGUGUGCGGAACUGACUGACUGACUGUGUGGCUGACUGACUGACUGGUUGGGUGACUGACUUACUGACUGCAAGGUCCUCUGCCUGGGGUUGUGUACCAGAUGACACCCUAUUCCCUACAUAGUGCACUACUUUUGAUGGGCUGACUGGGUGGGUGGGUGGCUGGCUGGCUGGCUGGGUGGGU